UGUUUAACGCGGUACCUGGCGGACCUGACCACAGCAAGCUGUUUGGUGUCACUUUUCUUCUGCUUGGAUCGUUUCAAGGAUCUAGUAUUUAGUCGUGAGGAACUGGCUGGUUCAUAGGGUGGCAGGAUGUGUCAAACUCAGCUUAUACCCUCCGAGUGGCUCUCACUCGUUAUGUGAAGUCUGUAUGUUCGUGUAGGUCAUAAUUGGUUGAGCGAACCCUGAGGUUCGUGAACAAAAGGUCUGGAGCAUUCUGUUACAACGUGAAAAGGUGAAUUUGUUGUCUGUAAGCGGUGCGCUUUUGCUGCUCCUUUCUUCAUUCCUCUAUUUCUUUCUUCCCUCCUAUUAUCCCCUGAAUUUUCACCUUCGAAGGUGAGAGUCCGGAUACCUCUAAUCCUUCAUCACUUAAGUAUUAAAUUGUGCUGUAAGUCUACACGGAGUUUCAAUAUGGCGCGAUGAUUUCAGGAGGUGUCAUGGAUUGUGAGGAUUCCCAUCUCUGUCCGUACUUCUGUAGACUCCCUUGUGCACAAUCGCGCACUCGACAUGAGAUCCAGGAUAAGAUAUUUGUAAACCAAUUUCGCUCAACUUAGUCGGCCUGAAUCAGGGCGUGUAACCGUCUAGAAUGACAACCAUUGCCGUCCCGUCUAAACCCGGCCCCAUGGGAUUUUUCAAGACCCAGCAGGACUUGUGGCUCACACGCGGGGGCGUUGUGGCCCUUUUGAUUGGCUCCAUCGUGUUUUUCAAGUUUUUGCUGGACUCACAGCCAAAUCUCAUCGCCGUCGACCUCUCCGUAGGUCGACUCACUGGUGCAGCGGAGUGUCAAAAUUGCACCUAUUCUGGAAUUGCAGCGACUAAUCGAACUAUUCGGUUACCUCAAACAACGUUUCAAAAUUCCUUUCUUCCCUGCAAAGACUACGUGAAACCUGGAAGCAGCGCACGUGAUUUAGACGUGGAUAAGUAUUUCAAGGUUGCGGUGGAGGAUUCCGAGCUGCUCCACGCUGCGCAGGACGAAUCGACUAAGCCACUUCCCGACGGAAACCCCAAAAUUGCAUUUUUGUUCAUUCUUCGGCAGAAGAUCCCACUUGAGCCUCUUUGGGAGCGUUUCUUUGCAGACGCGGAUGAGGAUUCCUAUUCCAUUUACACGCACCCCAGUUUGUGGAUUGACCAAUUUCCGAAUACAUCCGUCUUCUACAACAGGUCCAUCUCAACGAAAGAAGUGAGGCGUUUCGAUAUCAGUCUUGUUGACGUUGUGCGCAGGUUGCUGGCCUUUGCCUUGCUGGAUUCGAACAGAGCCAACAUGUGGUUUGCCCUCGUCUCUGAAGCGUGCAUGCCAGUUCGGAGCUUCCCGUAUAUCUACGACUAUUAUAUGAAUUCUACAACGAGCUUCGUUGAAGCCUUUUCACCUCUUCAGAGGUACAAGCAUUGGGAGACUAGGCCCGUAUUCAAGAUGUCGCAGCUUCGCAAGGGUGAGCUAUGGAUGUCAAUGCACCGUCGCCACGCUGGAAUGGUGGUUGGUGACGUCACGUUUUACCGCAAAUUCAAAGCGGACUGCCGAAACGACUGCACUCUUGAUGAGCAGUACAUACAAACUCUGCUCCAUACCUUAGAUCCCAAGGGCAUAGCAAAUCGGUCAGUCACUUACUCUGACUGGUCCAAUCCUAAUCACGGAUGGUCGCCCCAGAAUCACUACGCUGGGCUGAUAAACCCCGAGCUAUUCAAGAAGAUACAGAAUAGGACCGAGAAUCUGGAUGGGCAAUACAUGGACUCAUCAGAUGACUUCAACCACACAAUGCAGACAUGCGUGUACAACGGACGACCACAUUCACUCUGUUUCUUGUUCGCACGAAAAUUUUCAGGUGAAGCGGCAGAUGUUGAAGCAUUGCUCAAGCUUCCGAAGAGUGUUUUAGGAUACUGAACCUGUUCCGAAAAGUGAACGCUACUUCUGCAUAUUAAUUGCCCAUCAUAUCACUUUUCCGAGGGCAUCACAUAUGCUGCAAGGAUACGUUCGACAUCUGAUUCCAUUUGCACCGGAAGGGUCUCUAGGGCCAUCCGGAUUGUUCCAUCGUGCCUCGUUUCUGAGCAAGUUUAUUUGUUCCGAUAGUUCCUCGAGAAUGAGUCUUGGUUCUUUGUUUUCAAGGACACCUUAUUCUUCACAGUGUGGGGGUCAGCGGGGUCAGCGGUAGAAGCCAGGGCAAUUGUAGCAGGUUUGCUCUUCUAAAGGCGAUGAGAUGUAUGACCCGAAUAUCGAAGCACACAUUCAGGUGUUAGAGCAUUGCAUCAUUCGAAGAAAAAAACGUUGACUCUAGCCUCGGGCAUUAGAUCCGGUGGAAGUGAUCGAAUGAUGUGUUGUGAUUCCACUCGUCUCAUGAAAUCUCUUUCAUCACAGGUGGCUAGUUUAGCAUGGUGAGUUAAUCGUGAGAAAUUAAGCUUCAAGUUCUCACAGUGAUAGUACUUAGUGGUGGUGAAAUAAUCCCAAUCUAGAUUGCAUUGAUUUGCAACUAUGAAUGGUGUCUGACUUAGUUGUACAUAUGCCUAGAUGUUGAGUGGAAUAAGUGCGAUAUUGCAACACAUUGUCGUGUUACUAGAAGAAAUAAAAUAUUUUAUUGCA